CAUGGGCUACACCUCCCUAACAUCCCAAGCCCUCUCCGCCCCACCCUACCUCCUCUCCUUCCUAACCGUCCUCCUAACAUCCCACCUCUCGGACCGCACCCGCACGCGCAGCCCAUACCUAAUCUUCCACGCGCUGCUCUCCGCAACGGCCUACCUGGCCAUCGCCCUAGCGGGACACUUCCACUCGCACCUCCCGCCCGCCAUCCACGUCGCCAUCCGCUAUCUGGCCGUCUACCCCGCCACCUCGGGGUUCUUCUCCGCCAUUACCCUCAUCAUCACCUGGACCAUGGAUAACCGGCCCGCGAACGAGGGGAAGGGGGCGAGCGUCGCCUUGCUGAAUGUUAUUGGGCAGUGUGGGCCGUUGUUGGGAACGAGGCUGUAUCCGGCGAGUCAGGGGCCGUGGUAUGUGGCUGGUAUGGCGGUCUGCGCGGGGUGUAUGGUGGGUGUGGCGGUGUUGGCGGGCGUGUUGAGGGUGCUUUUGGGGAGGGAGAUGAGGGGGGGAAAAGGGAAUAGGGGUGCGGAUGGGAAUGAUGGGGAGGGGAUUGAGUUGGAGGAGAGGGAGGUGCUUAUGGGUGGGUUUGGGGGUGGGCAAGGUGGUGGUGAUGGUGGGAGGGGGGAGAAGUUUACGUAUAUUUUGUAG